CCCUUGCUUCCCUUGUCGACCGCUGUCUCCGGCAACACGACGCAGGCCUACGUACCACGUCCCGGAGAUCAAACGAUCGACCGGGCCAUGGCCAACCCCGCCGCGACCUCCCGGCGUUCAGCCCUGUCGUCGUCGCCGUCGCCGCCGCCGCCGCUCUAUCUGCUUCUCUGCUUGUCUCUGUUGCUCGCCUCUACGGUGCAGCAACCGCCCACCUCCCAGGCCCAGCAAGUGCAGGCCCCCGAGCCGGCCUUCAUGUUCGGCUGGCUCGGGAACAAGCGGGAGUACACCGCCGGCGACACCGCGGCCAUCCGGGUCAUGUCCCUGGACCACCAGGCGGCCGCCGCCGUCCGCGCCACGCUGUCCUUCACGCUGUCGGUCAACGGCAAGCCAGGCAACAGCAGCUACGUCACCGACGUCGUGGCCAACAUCGGCGACGACCCGUCCUCCUGGACCGUCUCCUUCGUGCCCCUGCGGGCCGGGAAGUUCGCCGCGCUCAUCGGCGAGCCGCGGUUCGUCCCCGCCGAGUGGCCGCUCACGUUCACGGUCGCCGCGGCCGGCGUGCACCCGUCCGCGUCGCGUGCGUCGUGGACGUUCGCCGACCGCCGCGUCGUCGCGGGCUACAGGGCGUUCGUGUCCGUCUUCCCUCGGGACACCUUCGGCAACGGCAUCGCGCGCGGGCCCGACAUGCCUGGCUACUUCAGGGUCUCGGGCUCCUACCCCAACGGCUCUGCCGUGGAGCUCUUGAAUUUUUACUACAACGGGUGGAUUGCAGAUGGACGCAUCGGCCUCGAGUUCAGAACGAAUGUUGCAGGCGACUUCUUGGUGCAUGUUUACGGGAAUGAUAGGGAGCUACGUGAUUCGCCUCUAAUGCUCACAGUGGAUCCAGGUUUCCUUAACAUAGCAAGAAGCACAUGCAGCUGGAAGCAUGGAAUCAACACUUUGCAGCUAUCUUCCAAGCUGGAGAUGUUCAUAUAUCAGAGAGAUUCCUUUGGAAAUAUUGUUCCUGAAAUUCAUCCAUUCGAUGCUCAAGUAGUUGACAAAGCCACAAAUUUAUCCAUUCCAAUAGUAGAUCUCGCGAUGGAAGCAGUAGGUGAUGGAGUGCAGCUCCUUUCUUUUAAUGUCGUGGAGCGUGGACAAUUUUUCCUCAAGGUUUUUGAUGCUAAACUGAACGAAAGGGUUUCCAACACUGUGCACUCGUUUGAUGUUUUUGUUGGAUAUUGUGAUGGAACAAAAAGUUUCGCAAAUGGGUCUGGUUUGGCAAACUCUAUUGCUGGCUCAACAUCAUCCUUUUCUGUUUUCUUGAAGGAUUUCUACAACAUCCCUUCUCCAGUUGAAACUGCAAAGCUGCAAGUGAAGAUUUUGGGUAAAUAUGCCACAUCAUACGUAGACCCGAUCAUAUCACCUGUGAGAGAACCAGAUGGACCCGCUGGCCACCAGGAGAUCAUUGCUGGGAAUUCAAAUAUGCAAACCAGUAAAUUCAAUGUUUCAUAUACUCCUCAAAUCGCCGGGGAAUAUGAAAUUUGGGUACUGUGUGGGAACAUAGUGCUAAAUGGUGGAAAUCCAUAUGCCAUGACAGUUUUGCCAGUUGCGAUCAAUACAUCUUUAUCAAGGGUUGUCCAGUUUGACCCCAAAGUAAGACUGUCAAUUGAAAACGAAGUUGUUGUUCGACUUGUUGACUCAUUCAUGAACCCGGUGGAGUCUUCCAAGUCAAAAUUGAAAUUUCGGCUGACAUCUGCAAGUACCACAACCCCUGUAACUACGACUACGAGUUUUGUGGCAAAAGAAUUUGUCAACAACAGCGAUGGAUCAUAUACUGGUCAUUAUGCGGCAGGGGGCCUUGGUUCAUAUGGCAUAUGCGUUCUUUUUGAGGACAAACAGCUGCCUCCAUGUCCAUUCGAGGUCACUGUUCAUGCAGAUGAGUACUUUUCAGAUGUUAAGAAUGACACUGUUUCGGUGUGGGAGGAUGAAUCCGUUUCCUUCGACGUAUUGUCAAAUGACCGCAUUGCAGGAAGUAAAGCGGAGAUAGCGAACUCAUCUUCUCCACUUCACGGGUCAGUCCUGCAGUUCGGCCAAACCUACCGUUACACACCUUUCCAAGGAUUCUUUGGGAAUGACUCGUUCUCGUAUACAGUACGCGAUGAGCAUAACAAUGUCGUCACUGCAACGGUCUUCAUAUCUGUUCUCUGCAGACCACCUCAGUUCGUAUCUUUACCCGAGAAGUUGCAUGUUACUGAAGAUACAAUCAGCCCACUUUUUGGUGGAUUCCCGGGGAUGAAAAUGGUGUAUUCAGAUACGACAGAAAAUAUAUCUGUCACGGUGACAGCACAGUCCGGGAGCGUGUCUUUUGAUCCAGUGAGAAUUAAACUUGGACAGUUUUCAGAAGAUGUACUUUCAAUCAGCAGCAGAGGUGGCAAGGACCUGGUGUUACAAGGAACUGUAGAAGCGGUGAAUGGUGCACUAGACUCUCUGCUGUACACUGGGAACGAAGACUUCCACGGAGACGAUGUCGUAGCGCUAAAUGCCUCGAGCAGAAACGGUGUGCGAAGAACCCAGUUCCCAACAUUCGUCGAGCCAAUCAAUGACCCUUCGGUGAUACUUGCUCCAAGUUCGAUUUUGCUGAGUGGGAACGAAUCAUGGGAAGGGUAUAGAAUAUUUGAUAAGAACAGGGAUACAUUUGAAUUUUCCAUUGUUGACCCUGAUAUUUACAAUUUCCCAGGGAAGAAGUCCUCCUUUUUCCUAGUGCUCUCGCUAGAAGUCCUGGAGGGGACGCUAACCGUGACCUUGCCGUCCAGCGUCAUUGCCGCGGCGUCGAUGAAGACCGAAGCCGGUAGCUGCUGGCAGCCGGUUCAGACGUACGUGACCAUCGCGAAUCGCUUCAUAGUGAGAGGAACCGCCAUCAGGUUCCGUGGGAGCGUCCGGGACUGCAACAGGGCAAUGCGGCAGCUGCGUUAUUACCAAGGUCCGACGCAUGGAACGACCUUGUCCAUCGCUGUGAACGACCAGGCAAACCAUGGAUGCUACCCUGACUGCUCGGAGAGGAUGACGAUGCCGCUAUCCACCGCCAAGACCAUUCGCCUAGUUCCACUUCCAGUCGUUGCAGGCGCCCUAGGACACGUGAGCUCAAGGCGAGCUAUCUUGUUCAGAUGGCUGGCGGCGGCCGGGAUCGUGGUAAUGCUAUGCCAGGGCUGUGUUCUCAUGUGCUGCCUAUUCAAAUGCAUGAGAGCUCUAAAGAGCGAGCGAAGACAUAAAACCUACGGUCAAAUUCGCGCACCGGAGCAGACGGCCCCAUUUCGUCAGAAUAUGUGUGCUUCAACAUCGCAACGCGAGGACGUUGGAUACUCCCCUGCUACUGCAACUGCGUCCCAGCUUGGUGCAAGCAGAUCGAGUCUUCGCCAGAGGUCUCCGCGUUCAUGCAAUCAAGAAAUGGAACUCCAGCCAGUCUCUGGGGCCGUAAACAAUAGAAAUGAAGGUAGCCGUCCUGUUUCAUACAAGGACAAAUAAGGAAGGCACUUUAUCGUUUAAUCCGUUUUCCGAAUCCAAACUAUCCUCUGCUCAUCCAAAAACUUGUCAGAUGCCACCGAACGAGUUUCCAGUGUAUAAUAGUGAGUGCAGCACAACGUGAAAAAAUAAUGGGGGG